AUGGCGCCCUUUUACGGCUACUAUGGAGCCCCACCGCCAAGACCCUCGGCAUAUCGCGGGCGGUAUGGACUGCAUCCUCCUCCUCCUCGCUCUCGACCUCGAUCCCCAGACGCAGUAGCAGCUGCUCGGAGGGAGAGAGCAGCUGCACCCGUUCCAUCGCGAAGUGGGCACGACGCAGAUGUCAGCACGGUCUCCGAGUAUCAGUCAGGCAGAGGGUCUGGAAGUAGCAGUAGACGCAGAGACUAUAGCGCGAGUACCUAUCGUCCUUCACCCGCAGCAUCCACCAGCAACGCUGAUCGAGCAAGAGCAGCAGACUGGAAAGGCAAAGCGCGACUGCAGGAUGACGACGAUGAUGCUGCCAGCAGGGACGGCUACACCAGCAAGGCGAACGGUGACCAAAGGCUGGACCGAGCGCGCAAACAGGAUGAAAGGAGCAGGAGCAGGAGCAGGAGCAGGAGCAGGAGCAGGAGUAGAAGUGAAAGCAUUGAAUCCUCCUCCAGAAAGCGGGCUCGCAGCCGCAGUGGGAGCAGCACCUCGCCUCGCUCAGCUACGAUCAGCAGAGGUCGCCGAUUGGAGCGGAAUCGGUCUUGCGAUGACCGCAACAGCGUCCAUUCGCGCGUGCACGCCGAAAAGAGAAGUGUGCACACCUCCAAGCCGAGUGGGGCCGAUGCCGGGGCGAAGGAGACGGCGCAGGCGUCGUCAAACAACCAUCUCAAAAGCCUCGGCAGUCGCAAUGCAGAUGGCAGCUAUGAAGGCGUGCCUACAGGUCCUAGAGCGAACAGACAAGCCUUAGCCGUCUUCAACAAGCCUGCGCCCCUACCUGACGCUUCUAAAAGUAAUGCUGACUGGUCCACAGUCGAUAGGCGCUUGCCUAAAAGUUCGCGUGCUGACAGCUUCGGCCUGUCUCGUGAGCGGGAUCGAUCUCGUGAUCGCACGAGAUAUGCCACGCGCGAAGAGGACCGCAGGCCGGACCGCGAACGCGAACGCGCACGGGAAGGAGUUUCAAACAAGCAGGACGACGAUGGAAGAAACUGUUCUUACCAUCGGUCUGAUGAGCGUCUGAGAGGCGCUCGAUCACGCAGUCGCAGCCCAAAUCGCAGCAGGCAGCACGGCACUACUCGGCAGAAAGAUGAAAGGGAUCAGCGAGAGCGUCACUCUCGAUCUCGAUCUCCCAGACGGCCGCCAGCGUCUCAGAAAGAACUCGACCCCAGAGCCAGAAAUGGCCGACCGACUUCAAGCGCUGCAGGUAUCGAGAAUUUGGAUAAAUUCCGCAAUGCUAGCCAAGAUGCAACCAGCAAGGGCAAAGGCCCCAAUGGGUGAGUUAGUUGUAUCUUCAAUUUUGCGCUGCGACUACGCGUGCGCCCGGGGGUAUCACUCUAACAGGCACCUCUGCGAGUGCCUCCUGAGCGCCAAGGCAUCGUGAGCUUAGACACACUGAAUUCUUCGCAGCUCGGCUCUUGACGUCUUUUCGCGCCCUUCUCGUGCGCCGCCGCCCGCCCCGCGAGCAAAUUCGAUCGGAGCACUUUCCUAUGGCUCAGGCUCACCCCGCCGGUCCCAUAGCCCCGAAAUCUCUCAGGUCGGCAACGGUCGCGUAGAGCCCGGCAAUGGACCACUGCCUGGCGCUACCAGCAGCGAGCUGGCAAUGGAGGGGAUGCCGAAGGCCCCUCCAGCGGCUCACCGCGAGCGAAUCAAAUCAUCCAGCACCGAAUCUGGUGCCAUUUCCGAGACGCCUUCGUCGUUAGCACACAAGCAGCUUCUUCCUGCAAGAAGCCCUGCCAUCUCCUCUUCGUCUUCUGAAGCGCGAUUAUUGGCUCGCAAGAGCUUAUCCCCGGAGGCUCGGCAUGCUGUCCUGCGAAGCAGCGAUGACGCUGGCGAUGCUCAAUAUCCGCCUCGCAGAGGUGGUUGGACGGUAAUCUCGCGAGGAAAGCCGACUUCUGCCCCUCUGGAAUCAGUGCAGGUCAGUGAAGCCGGAGAAGGGGAGCGCAUGAUAGACGUGUCCGGACGAGCUCCUACAACAGCAGUAGAAUCAGGGCAGAAAGAGGAACCGCAGUCGCCCGGUCCCAAAGCUUUCACGCCUUCGCCUGAGCCGGACAUGUCGAGCUUGGCUGCGCAACCAACCCGUGGUUUUCCGGACGAAACGUAUACACGUAUCAAUCAGGUUGGAGAAGGCACCUACGGACAGGUCUUCAAGGCACGUGCGGAGAGAUCUGGAGCCUUGGUCGCUCUGAAAAAGAUUCGCAUGGAGGCAGAAAAGGACGGGUUCCCCGUCACGGCAAUGAGGGAGAUCAAGCUACUCCAGCACCUGCGACAUCCGAACGUGGUCAGGUUGCACGAGAUGAUGGUGUCCAAAGGUGAGUGUGCGCCCAGGAGCUUCGUGCGCUAAGUCCGACCUCUGAUUCGACCGCCACCUGGUAUAUAUGACCCAGGGUCAAUCUAUCUUGUCUUCGAAUACAUGGAGCACGAUCUAAAUGGAGUGCUUCAACAUCCGUCGAUCGAGUUUAGCGCCGCACACCUGAAGUCGUUGUCUCGUCAAUUCCUGCGAGGGCUCGAAUAUUUGCACAAGAAAUCGGUGCUUCACAGAGACAUCAAAGGCUCCAACAUUCUCCUCUCCAACCACGGUAUCUUGAAGCUGGCGGAUUUCGGCCUGGCUAGAUUCUAUGCCAAAAGGCGGGCAGACGAUUAUACGAACCGCGUGGUGACGGUGUGGUACAAGCCGCCUGAGCUCCUGUUCGGUGCUACGCGAUACGGACCGGAGAUCGACAUGUGGGGAGCAGGCUGCAUCUUUCUAGAGCUUUUCACCAGACGUCCUGUGCUGCCUGGCAACAGCGAGAUCCAUCAAGUGCAGGUCAUUUACGACACCUUUGGUGCUCUGGUGCCAGCGAGCGAGUGGCCCGAAGUGGAAGCGCUGCCUUGGUAUGAUUUUGUCAAGCCCGUUACUAGUCUAGAUCAGCACGGCAGCGAGCCACUGCCCUCCCAGGUCGAAGAGCCCACUUCGUCGCACGGAGCAGCACAAGACGCCAGUCUUAAUGCUGGCGUAGGACUGCAGGCCCGCGAGAAACGCUUUCGGAAAAUGUUCAGCAAGUGAGUGUCUUGAGGGUUGAAAUUGACUUUCAAAUCCAACUUACCAUUCAACGCUUUCUGCUUCGAUGUUUGCAAGGUGGCUUUCGCCUGCCGCACUCUCGGUGGCAUGGGCUUUGCUCGCGUAUAACCCUGCCAGACGAGCGACAGCCAGUCAAGCGCUCAGCAUGUCCUACUUCACGCACGAGCUUCCAAAGCCCGAAGUACCAGCUGGGUGAGUCCCUCAAUUAUGCGAUGAGCUGCGACACUGGCCCCACGCCUUGAGAUCUCAUCAUCGCUUCUGCUGUCUUCUGCUUCCUCGUGCAGCAUACUCACCGCCGUCGAGGGAGAAUGGCACGAAUUUGAAAGUCGACGCGCUCGUAAGGCGCGCGGAUGA